GGGACACAUACAUUCUAUCGUUAAUGUACUUAGGUUGCUUCCUGGAGGCAUCGGUGUUUCAAUGCUACUAUAUACGGAAGCCCGUUAAGCUAUAUUUUCUUCUAUUCUGUUCAGAAUCACUUGACUUAUUUUUAAUCUGCGUAGUUUGAAUUUCUGGGAUUCGUCAAGGGCGUGUUUACGUCCCAAGCAUGACACAACCCCCAACUCAAGAAAAGCUAACACGUAUCGCCAUCGUCAGCAGUGACAAAUGCAAACCGAAAAAGUGUCGUCAAGAGUGUAAAAGAUCAUGUCCUGUUGUGCGCAUGGGUAAACGAUUGUUGUGGUAAUGUAAUUCUUGAAGGUAAACUGUGCAUUGAGGUCACACCAAACGACAAAAUCGCAUUUUUAUCAGAAGAAUUGUGCAUCGGGUGCGGUAUUUGUAGCAAAAAAUGCCCUUUUGAAGCCAUCUCUAUUAUAAAUCUUCCUAGUAAUUUGGAAAAGGAGGUUACCCAUCGUUAUGGUCCGAACUCAUUUAAGCUACAUCGUCUGCCUAUGCCGCGCCCUGGUGAGGUUCUGGGAUUAGUUGGAACCAACGGUAUCGGAAAGUCCAGUGCUUUAAAGAUACUUGCCGGUAAACUUAAACCCAAUCUUGGCCGGUUCAAGAAUCCACCGGAUUGGACUGAAAUAUUAACAUAUUUCCGUGGUUCGGAACUACAGAAUUAUUUCACAAAAAUCUUAGAGGACAAUUUGAAAGCUGUUAUUAAGCCACAAUAUGUUGAUCAAAUCCCUAAAAUCGUAUCUGGUGAGGUUAAAACCUUACUUAAUCGAAAGGACGAUAGAGGCAACCAAGAUCACGUUUUAGAAAUGCUUGAUCUUCAAGUAGUCACUGAACGUAUGGUAGGCGAUUUAUCUGGUGGUGAACUUCAAAGAUUUGCUUGUGGAAUGGUUUGUGUUCAAAAAGCUGAUAUAUAUAUGUUUGAUGAGCCUAGUUCUUACCUGGAUGUCAAGCAGCGUUUAAAAACAGCUAUAGCUAUACGUGAACUACUGGAGGGUACAAAUUAUGUUAUUGUUGUGGAGCAUGAUUUAUCUGUUUUGGAUUACUUGUCUGACUUCAUAUGCUGUCUUUAUGGUGUCCCAGGUGCUUAUGGGGUAGUCACUAUGCCUUUUUCCGUUCGUGAAGGAAUAAAUAUAUUUUUGGAUGGUGUGGUCCCUACGGAAAAUUUGCGUUUUCGAGAAACACCACUGGUUUUCAAGGUGUCCGAAACCGGUAACGAAGAAGAAUUAAAACGUACAGCUCGUUACGAUUAUCCAACCAUGUAUAAAAGCUUGGGUUCAUUCGAGUUGACAGUGGAGGCUGGAUCAUUUACUGAUUCUGAAAUCAUUGUAAUGCUUGGUGAGAAUGGCACUGGUAAAACUACAUUUAUUCGCAUGUUGGCUGGUAAUCUGAAACCUGAUGGUGAUGAAAAGUGUCCAGUUUUACAUGUAUCAUAUAAACCGCAAAAAAUUAGUCCAAAAUCAGAGAAAACAGUUCAAAUUUACUUUUGGAAAAAAUCCGUGAUUCAUUUACACAUCCACAAUUUUCAACAGAUGUGCUUAAGCCAUUACAAAUGGAACGACUUUAUGAUCAGCAAGUAAUGAACUUAUCUGGUGGUGAAUUGCAACGAUUAGCUAUUACAUUGUGCCUUGGCCAACCAGCUGAUGUCUAUCUAAUUGAUGAGCCAUCAGCUUAUUUAGAUUCGGAACAGCGUUUACAUGCUGCAAAAGUUAUUAAACGAUUUAUACUGCAUGCUAAAAAGACAGCUUUUGUUGUAGAACAUGAUUUUAUCAUGGCAACAUACUUAGCCGAUCGAGUUGUUGUAUUUGACGGUCAACCUGGUGUUAAGGCUACAGCAACAACUCCACAAAAUUUAGUUACUGGUAUGAAUAAAUUUUUACAAUCACUUGAUAUAACAUUUCGACGCGAUCCAACCAAUGCUAGACCAAGAAUUAACAAAUUGAAUUCGGUCAAAGAUGUUGAACAGAAAAGGAGCGGCAAUUAUUUUUUUCUUGGAGAUUAAGUUUUCUUUGUUUAUAGACCUGCCUACCUUCUCACUUUUUGCAAGUUUUUCAACAAUGCCUGUUGGGUUUUGCUUUUCUGUCAGAAAUCUGUGUAUAUGGUUGGUGUAAUAUGUGUAAUGAUUUAAUUUCUCUGACUAAUCACUUGCCUAUUUAUUGACUGACUAGGUUAUUAAUAUAUAAUACAAUUGUUGGAACAA